AUGCAACAAGAAGAGGGAGUAAAUUGUUUUUGCUUUUAGAAAAAAAAUAAAGGAGUUCUCCCUAAAACCUUUAAAAAAACUAAUGAAAUACUUCGCAAAUAUAAAAAUAAUUUUUUAGAUGUAAAUUAUAAUACAAAUACUAGAUAUCUGAUUCUGAUAUUUUAGAAGUUAUUAUUAGAUUGUAUGUUUCAGAAGAUAAAUAAAAGGCAAUUUCGAUGUUAUCUCGUUGUCGUAUUAAUCCAAAUUUUUAAUCAAAUAAUUUAAGAGAAGAUCUUGAAUAUUUCAUACCUUAAAUGGUUAAUUUUAUGGUAUUCCAUCAAUAAUUAUCAGAUGAAAAUUUAAAAUAAUUUGUUUUAAAAGCAUCUUCAUUAGAUUUCUUUUUUGCACAUUUGGUUUAUUUUUAGAUGAAAAGCUUAUCUUAAAUUAUAACUCCUCAUGAAACAGUCACAAUUAAUGUUGUUAAGAAAUUUCUUGAAUAUUUCUUAUUUUCAAUGGCCCAAAAUUAUUCAGGCAAUUUAUUAAUUGCAACUCACAUUCUUUAAAUGAACUUAGAACUAAGUAACCUAAAAGGUGAUAAUUCAGAUUCAGAUGAAAAUUCUCCAAAAAAAUCAUAAUUAUAAGCUGUUUAUUAAGGAACUACUAAAUAAUAAUCAAUGAAAGUUAAUGAAGCAAUUUAAAAUUAUGGCACAGCUGAUUGGAUUAAAUAUUAGAAUUCUCAUCCUUAUGAUAAUAGAGUAAAAAACCAUAAAGAAAUAGAGCUUUAAGAUUAUGAAUCAAUAUUUAAUUUAGAAAAAAACGAAAAAACUUUAGAUACAGCAUUUAUAUCAAAUANUGAUGAUAAUUCAAGUGCUGAUGAAGGAUCUGGAAGAAAUGUAGAAGGUAAAAAAUUGAUUCUAAACUUUUAAAUUAGAAAUUCUUAAAGAUAAAGGAGAUGCUGAUAAUAAAUCAUAAUUUAGUGCUGAUUCAUUAGAUGAAAAAAUUCCAUAAUAAAAGAACAAUAAAGAAAAAUUAAAGAAACAACAUUCAGAAGAAGGAAACAACAAUUAGGAUGAUGAUGAUGAAGAUGAUGAUGAUGAUAUUUCUGAUAAUUCAAAAUUAGAUUCAGAACAAAUCUCAGAUAUCGAUAGUUUAUUAAGUGAUGCUGAUGAUGCUGAGGAAAUUAUAAAGAAAUUUAGAAAACGCUGA